GCAAGUAUUCAACGUUGUCCCUAGCUAAAUUUAUAUAUAGAAGAUAGUGUUCUUAGAAUCGUAUAUGAAAUAUUGAACUGGAUAUGAUGUCUUCUUCACAGCCAACUAAGAAGAAACGAAAUCUUCCUGGAAUGCCUGAUCCGGAAGCGGAAGUUAUUGCAUUAUCACCGAAGAGUUUAUUAGCAACGAAUCGAUUCAUAUGCGAGAUCUGUAACAAAGGAUUUCAACGUGACCAGAAUCUUCAACUUCAUCGACGAGGUCAUAACUUACCUUGGAAACUCCGAAAGGGAACAAAUAAUAAAGAGAUAGUUCGAAAGAAGGUUUAUGUUUGUCCUGAAAUAACUUGUGUUCAUCAUGAUCCUAAAAGAGCUCUUGGAGAUCUUACAGGUAUUAAGAAACAUUUUUUUCGUAAACAUGGGGAGAAAAAAUGGAAGUGUGAAAGAUGUUCUAAGAACUAUGCUGUUCAAUGUGAUUGGAAAGCUCAUAUGAAAAGUUGUGGUACUAGAGAAUAUCGUUGCCAUUGCACAACUCUAUUCUCCAGGAGGGAUAACUUUAACACACAUAGAACUUUCUGUGAUGCUUUGGCUUCUUCUUCUUCACCGCAUCUAUCUUCAGCUUUAACCAUUCAAAGAUCUGAUCAAAUUGGGUUUCUUCAACAACCAUCUUCUAGGACCACCACCACUUUGCAAAUGCAUGUUCUUAAUCCCACUCCGCCGGCGCCGGUUACUGCAUUUGAGAUGUUCAGAACUGGAUCCAUGUACUCCGGCCAGUACAACAACAUUCAACCACAAUCUCAACAACCAGGACCAGCCAUGUCUGCCACUGCAUUACUCCAAAAAGCAGCACAAGUAGGAGCAGCCGGCGGCGGCGGUGCUAGUUCAUCGUUUCUAUGUGGGUUUGAUCAGCCGGAGAAUUCACAAAGAGGUAAUAAUAACAUUAGGUUUCCCUCCGCCGCCGGCGGAGAAGGAGGAUUCGAAUCGAUGGGACCAAUAUUGAAUCUGUUUUGUACUGGAAGUAAGCCGAUGACUCUGGAUCUUUUGGGAAUGGGAAUUGGAUCCGUUGAUAACAUCGAUGAUGAACGGCGGCGGUGAUGGCGGCGGUGACGGCGGCGGUGGGUCUUCUUCGUCGUCCACCGGCGGUGGUGCUGGAUUCCGGGGAGGUACGAUUUAAAAUAAUUUAGGCAA